GUGUAUCCGCUCCGUUUCCCCAGCGCCGGCUUAAUUAUGUAUGCGCGGGAGUCCCCGCCCCGCCGCUGAAUAUGCAGAUGAGGCUGGGGAGAGACCCUGCGCCGGGAUCUCCGCGCUCCUCACUCUUGUCCUAUGGCUGCGCGCCGGGUAACAGCCGCUGAGCUGCGGGGCCAGUGCUCCGCCGGUGCCUGCUGGCUCCUCCGCGGGAGUAAGGUCUACGAUGUCUCCGGCUUCGUCAGGAUGCACCCGGGCGGGGAGAGGCUGCUGCUGGACCGCUCUGGCACCGACAUCCAAGGGGACUUGGACGGACCGCCGCACCGGCACUCUGACAAUGCCCUCCGCUGGCUGGAACAGUAUUAUGUGGGCGAGCUGGAGCCGGAGGAGCGGGGGAAAGCGGCGCAACAGCUGAGAGAACGAGUGAAACAGUCCACGCCCGCUCACAGCCACGCCAGUUCCACACCCGGACUUCAGUUUAAAACCUUUAAUCCAGAGACGGAUUUGGUGGACUGGGAGAAGCCCCUGCUUUGGCAGGUUGGACACCUGCGGGAGAAAUAUGACGAGUGGGUGCACCAACCAGUGGACCGGCCCAUCCGCCUCUUCCAGUCCGACUUUGUGGAAUGGUGCUCCAAAACUGCCUGGUACAUCGUGUUGGCGGUGUGGGCUCCAAUCGUCAUCUAUUUAACCUGGUAUUGUCUCACAGAACUCUCCCGGGGGGACACAAGGCUUUUUGCAUCAUUCACCAAAGAAUACUCAAUCCCUAUCCCAGUGUUCCUCUUCUUUCCGCUUUUCUUCGUUGGGAUGAUGGUUUGGACCCUCAUGGAAUAUGGAAUACACAGAUAUAUAUUUCACAUGAAUCCCCCUGCCAGCAACUACUUCCUCAUCACCCUGCACUUUAUGCUGCAUGGGCAGCACCAUAAGGCUCCGUUUGACAGCUCCCGCCUGGUGUUUCCUCCAAUCCCGGCCUCCUUUGUGAUCGUACCCCUGUACGUUCUCCUGCAGAUGGUUCUUCCCCCUGUCGUGGGGCUCUCCCUUUUUGUUGGUGGCCUUUUUGGAUAUGUUGCAUAUGACAUGACACAUUACUACCUUCAUUAUGGCUCGCCUCCAAAGGGGUCCUACCUCGCCUGGCUCAAGUCUUACCACGUGCGCCAUCACUUCGAGCACCAAAAGACAGGAUUCGGCAUCACUAGCACUAUAUGGGACCGCCCAUUCAAUACACUCAUCCCUGAAGAUGCUAUUAAGGAUUACUAGGCCUUGUUCGCUUCGAAGAAUCACUACAUUGACCGUGAAACCUGCUGACCGCACUCUACUUACUGGGGGAGGAGAAAACCAAUGUAUUUCAGUUUUAUUAUAUAUAUUUUAUCCAUUGAUCUCAGAGAAGCACAUCAGCAGGAACUAAUUAUUUAUUUAAGAGUAAAAGAUGGUGGAGAGAACUGCGCGGGGGAAGGGAGGCCACGGGGUAGAGACCCAUUAUUGCGCCCCUGUGUUUUUAUAAAGGAAUCCUCUGACAACGUGGGGAUGGGCGGCUCUCGACUUGGCCAAGGAUGUGGACUCCUUUUUAAAAUAUCAAAACGGCACUGACAGCUAAAAUGUUAACCCACCACGUGAAAGGUUUGCUGUAAAAUUCUUAAUAUGUACAAAUGUCUGAAAAAAUAAAUUAACUUGACUUUUUUGUUUUUAUACAAAAA